CGCUACGUCUUUGUUUUGGGCGUAGGCGGACCUCUGCAUGCUAGAAAAAACCUUCACCCACCCAAUUGUGCCUAGUACUAGUUACUUAGAGGUGAGUGAUUGAUGAACUUUACGGUUCCUGUCACUUUUUAGUUUGGUCAAGAAACCCAACGAAAAAUAUUUAAUUUCUUCUACUAGAUCUAGGUCUAGGUAACUAGUGGAGAGAUAGGUGUAAUCGAGUCCGAGUAGACAGAAAUUAACUCCAAAGCUGUGAUUUGUCUUGAACAGUCUUUCUACUUUCUUUGUACUUUCUGACUAUUAAGAAAGCACGUCAUCGACAAGAACGUCAACUACAUCGCAAAAAUCGCCAAGACAAAAAAUGCCUCCAGCUUCAGAUAUUGACUUUGUUCCGGGACAUCAAGAGAAUCGCGUCACGGCUCAUGUUGCUAGUGUUGCGACUCCAGCCUGCGGGAGUGCCUCUCGCUGCGGAGCCCCAGGAGUAGAUGUGGCGUGCAACAAUAAGCUUGCUGGAAACGGAUCAGCUAGUGGCAGAACGACUGCAAUUGGAGACUACGAAAAUGUGAUCUUUGAUUUCGACUCCACAGUGAUAAAAUCCGAAUCAUUGGAGAUGAUGCUCGAGAAUGUGCUUGCUGCAGAUCCAAAGAAAGACGAGAAAAUGAGCCAAAUAGUAGCAUGGACGGCGAAAGGUAACAUUCAUUGUAGAUGAAAUUUAACUUCUUGAUACUAGUUGUAUCAUAUUACAUGUUGUCGGUUCUGAGCUGCAGCUGCUUUUCUUCUUUCGUCCUUUUCUACCGAACUCCUACUUAGCAUCACUUGAGCACGUCCAUCUCCGUUUUUAUCUAUCAAACUUUUCUACCGAGCUCCUACUUACCAUCACUUGUUAGCACGUCCGUUUUUAUCAAACUUUUCUACCAAACUCCUACUCACCAUCACUUGAGCACGUCCAUUUUUAUCAAACUUUUCUACCAAGCUCCUACUUAAUAUUUUAUCACUAUACACAGGUAUGGCCGGCGACGUUUCUUUCAAAGGAGGUCUUGAGGCUCGAUUGAGAAUAGCAGCGCCAAGAAAACAAGACUUAGAAUCGUUUGGGAAAAAGUAUUGCCCAGCGUAUUUUUCUGAUGGUAUGGAGACUCUUAUUGCCGACUUACACGCAAAAGGGAAGAAAGUCUUCAUACUCAGUGGCGGCUUUCGGGAUCUCAUAUUGCCGUUUGCGAGGUAAUUUUUUUCAAUUGUGAGUUAUUGCGCUGCUGCUUAAGUAAUCGAAGUGAAACUAAUAACAAUAGGCACAAGAGGAAUGACUAGCGUAGUAUGCAGUUCACGCAUUUAGUACUCUGCUCAGUCCAUAUCCAGCCAAUAAGGUCAUCCCACAGUAUCAGCAUCCUCUUACAAUUAAACAGACAUCUCCACAUUCCGGACGAGCGCGCUCAUGCAGUGUUAACGCAUUGGGAUGAGAAGGGCGAUUACGCAGGGCUAGAUGACUCGAAUGGCUUUGCAACUUCGAAACUGGAAGGCGCCAUGCGAAUGGCAAGUAUGUUUCGAGAAGGUGCUCACUCUAUGAUCACAGUAUUAACGAAAGGAUUUUCGAAGAAUGAGAUCAACGAUAAAACGUAACCCUUUGCAUCAUGUAGCCCAUUGAUUAUGAGUCAGUCACUUUGAUCAUUGUCAUUACCUUUGUUGUGAUGUUCUAUCCAUGCAAACACUCUUCCAUCAGCAUGAUCCUUCACUCCCUUCACGACAGGUCGCACCGUCAUGGUCGGCGAUGGCUACACGGACUACCAGGUGUUCGAGAGCGGCCUCGCUCAGGAGUUCGUCGCUUAUACAGAGCAUGUAGCCAGAGAUAAGGUGACUAGAGUGGCGCCCCACAUCGCGAGUGAUUGCAUCGUUUUGCAAAAAAUGCUGGGGGUGUGAAAGCAACACACAGGUUUUGGUUUCAUUUCUAGUAAUUUGUUUGGUGGUACUGUUGUAGUGAAGCCGUUUUUAUUUGAUGUGGUAUGCCACUGCAUCUAGUGCAAGAAUUGAUCUGCUGAGUCCUCUAGUUUGAUGGUCAUGUAAUCGAUGGAAAGCCGUGCUGUAUGUUAGUAGGUGUAACAAGUCUAGUUUGAUGGUGCUGUACUCUGUAGCUAAAACGCCCCAGAAUUUGAGGUCGUGUAGCAUGACUAUUAGUUAGCAACAAGUCUAGUUUGAUGGUGCUGCACUCUGUAGCUAAAGCGCCCCAGAAUUUGAGGUCGUGUAGCAUGACUAUUAGUUAGCAACAAGUCUAGUUUGAUGGUGCUGUACUCUGUAGCUAAAGCGCGCCAGAAUUUGAGGUCGUGUAGCAUGACUAUUAGUUAACAGCAAGCCUAGUUUGAUGGUCUUCCGCAGUCAAAAAGAUGAAAGAACAUGUUAUUUAGGGUAUGUAGAGUGCUUGUAGUCUUCUGACUUAGAAGCACGCGCAUUCAUAACGAGUUUAAAGAUGACUCACGAGGAAGCAUUCAGUUUACAGGAAUAUGAGUUUGAAUUUAACCUCCUUUCACAUGGGUGGUUGUUUCCAAAGUGUUUGGGUCUAGUUUGAUGGUAUUCAUUGUGGUCCAGUACAUAAGGGGUUCUUCAUCCUGAUUCUCUUCUAAUCAUUGACUUUAUCGCGCGCUAAGAAAGAAAAAUGUCUAAUGGAACAUAGCAGAACUAGCACUAGGGGUGAUCGUAUGCAUUUUGGGAAUCAUUUACGUUUUUUUUGUACCAAAGACGGGCUGUUGCAUACAAACCGACUGAGAGAAUCAUAAACAAAUUGUUGUUGAACUAUAAAACAAUAUGGGGGGAUGGAACGAGAACGAAGGGGAUGCAAAGUUUAACUACCUAGAAGUAACCCCACUUUUCACGUCUUGGCUUUUUGAUAACAUGAUACAGAUUGACAAGACCUAAAAACUUAUAUCUCACGAGGAGGUCCUCGAUUGUGGUGCAGCCUUGUGCUUCUCAGAUUCUUUUGGCUGCGGGCAAGAAGCAGGUGGUAUCUCAGGAAGUUGUAAAUUCUUCGCCGUGGACGGGUCUUGCCUGAGCUGCAUUGCCGGGCCCUAUUUAAGUGGAAUUAUGGCGGGAAAUUGUAGACCCAGGUCCCAAAAAAAACAAAGGCCCGAACCGCGAAGAUGAGUGAGCGAAUGAAUGAAUGCCGUUCCAUGUGCCGCCAACCUUAGGAAUGCUGCCAAUUUCCAGGCACUCUCUCACCGUCAAAGUUUAGGAAUUAUGCUUGGGAUUUGAAUUUGCUUAACCGAGAUCGAGGAGCGGGAAAAAUAGUGUCACCUUUUUUCACAACAUCGCGCGCAUAUUAUACUUACAGCAAGUUGUAUGCUCACAUGGAUAUGAGAGCAGUUGUUAGUUUUGCCCUUCUCCUUCUCGUCCGCCACCGGAUUCGUUCUAACUACAUCUGAUGUACAGCAAGUUACUGCUUGACUUUGAUGCACAACAAGUUACUUCUACACAGCACUUCUGUUGCAUAGCUGAGCAUAGCGCAACUAUUUCACAAGAACCACGCGGACCUUUUGACAUCGUGGGACGGUAAAAAAGGGACUGGAUACUGCUCUAUCUUCGGUCAAUUCUGUGGGAGUUCAGAAGAUCGAUUCGGAAACGUCUUCGUCGCUCCCUUCGUUUACACCAUGGUAAUGAAUUUCAUCUCGCGACCUCCUGUAUUCUUAUUGCAAAAUGAUACACAUACUUCUUCCUGUGCCUCUUCUAACACUUCUCCCAACAACACUUCUUACUACUUAUCUGGCUUCUUAUCAAGAACGUUGUUAGUUCCUAAUGAUAGAUCUCCCCUUUCUCGCCGUGGUUUCUGCCUUGCCCUUUGCCUGUUUCGCCGCGAGGUAGUGACAGGGCAAGGGCAUUGUGGGUGCGGCUGUUAAAGAAAUGCACAGCAGGAGAAUGGAAGUGAUUAGUGCACACGACAUUAAGUUUAAGUAUGGGCCUCCUUCUUCACAUUCGCUUCAGUUUCGAUGAGGAAGCUCUUUGCUCUUCUUCACUACGCGGGGAUGUGGUCUCCACCAAAGCUGACUUGCUCUUACCUUAUUGGUCAGAUCUCUUCGUUGAAACCAGACGAACUGAAGAAAGACUAUCAUGUGAUAGAGUGACCCGAAAGAAAAA